AUGUGGGUCUCUUGGAUUCAGUCUCAUUGUAUUCGGAGCCGAAACUUUUGGGUUAUAAAGAAGAGGAAUGAAUGGUCGUGGAUUCUCCGGAGCCUAUUAGACUUACGUUCUCACUGCAGGAGAUUUGUUAUCUACAAUGUGGGAAAUGGUUUAUCUACACAUGCCUGGGAAGAUACGUGGAGUGAAUUUGGGCCCCUUAUUCAGUUACUGUCUUAUAGAUUCAUAAAUGGUCAUGGCUUUUGCAAUAACUCAAUGGUUUCUGAUGUAAUGCAACGUUUUGGCACUAAUUGGCCGGUGGAUUGGAUUCAACAAUACCCUCAGCUGCAAAGUAUUAUAAUACCUUCUCCCAGCCAAAUGGAGGAUACAUUUAGAUGGCUUGAUGCUAAACUUUCUAGGGGAAAUUUUGAGGUCAAAGUGGCAUGGCAAACUAUUCAAGAAGUGAGGCCGAUUGUGCAUUGGUAUAAGCUGUUGCUGUCAUUGGCUGUUUUCUGGUUUGUGACUGCUGCUGCACUUCGUUCUGGGUUCGUAGGCAUCCCGUUAUCAAUCUGGUUUGCUGCUAGUGUUUAG